UUUAACUUACUUUACUUUACUUUACUUUACUUUACUUUACUUUACUUUACUUUACUUUACUUUACUUUACUUUACUUUACUUUACUUUACUUUACUUUACUUUACUUUACUUUACUUUACUUUACUUUACUUUACUUUACUUUACUUUACUUUACUUUACUUUACUUUACUUUACUUUACUUUACUUUACUUUACUUUACUUUACUUUACUUUACUUUACUUUACUUUACUUUACUUUACUUUACUUUACUUUACUUUACUUUACUUUACUUUACUUUACUUUACUUUACUUUACUUUACUUUACUUUACUUUACUUUACUUUACUUUACUUUACUUUACUUUACUUUCACUCCCAGUGCGCUGUUCUAAAUCUACCAUCUGAGCAAUGA